AUGGACAUGUGUGUGUGCGUGCGUGUGCGUGUGUGUGUGUGUGUUUCAGGCGGGACUCGCUACCACCUGCGCUGUUACCUGUACCAAGCCAGAGAGCUGCUAGCCAUGGACAAAGACAGCUUCUCAGAUCCCUAUGCCAUAGUUUCGUUCCUCCACCAGAGCCAGAAGACGGUGACAGUGCGUAACACGUUGAACCCCACCUGGGACCAGACACUCAUCUUCUACGAGGUGGAGGUGUUUGGAGACGCUGAUGUGACAGAGAGAAACCCUCCUAACAUAGUGGUGGAGCUGUACGAUCAGGAUACAUAUGGGGCAGAUGAGUUCAUGGGUCGCUGUGUGUGUCAGCCCUCCACGACCCCCUCCCCUCGUCUGGCCUGGUAUCCAAUCAGGAGGGGAGACAGGAGCGCAGGAGAACUACUGGCUGCCUUUGAACUCAUACGGCGAGAGAAGCCCGCUGAUCAUCACAUCCCUGGACAUGAGGGAGACAUUCCCCCUCACAUUAUGGAUGAGGUCUUUCUCACUGGAUUCCUCUCAGAAAACCAGCAAUGGCCCAAGGAUUCCGACCUGCCGUGCCCGCCCCCCCAGAGAGAACCCAACGUCUACAUGGUUCCUCAGGGGAUCAAACCGGUUCUACAACGUACUGCUAUAGAGAUCUUGGCAUGGGGAGUGCGUAACCUGAAGAGCUUCCAGCUAGCUAGCGUUACCUCUCCCAGCCUGCAGGUGGAGUGUGGAGGCAACAUGGUUCAGUCCUGCGUCAUACGAUCUACAAAGAAGAAACCCAACUUCGACAUCAACACACUCCUCAUAGACGUGAGACUGCCCUGUGAGGAGCUGUAUAUGCCACCUAUCAUUCUGAAGAUCAUAGACAACAGACAGUUUGGGAGGAAACCGGUGGUGGGACAGUGUACCAUCAGGAACCUGGAGGACUAUCGCUGUACCCCUGAGGAAGAUGGGGAGGAGGAAGAGGACGAGCUUGAGGAGAAUGUCCCGACACCUCGUGACGAUGUUCUGAUCGACAUCGACGACAAGGAACCCCUCAUCGCCUCACAGUUUACAGACGGAACCAAUUCUGAAAUUAUUAACAUCUCUGGCUCCUCCAGCCAACAUCUGUUACAGUGGGAGGAGGAAGUGAUGGACUGGUGGUCUAAGUUCUAUGCUUCGACCGGAGAGACGAACAAGUGUGGAAACUACCUGGAGAAGGGAUGUGACACACUACAGGUGUAUGACAGGCCACUGGAGAAGAUAGAGGGAUUUGAGAGGCUGUCAGACUUCUGCCAGACCUUCAAGCUGUACCGUGGGAGGAACCAGGAUGAAGGAGAGGACCCUUCUAUAGUCGGAGAGUUCAAGGGUAUGUUCAAGAUCUAUUCUCUCCCAGAGGACCCCUCGACCUCCGCACCCCCCCGACAGUUCCGUCAGCUACCCUCCAACAGCAUUGAAGAGUGUCUGGUCAGAGUCUACAUCAUACAGGCCACCGGACUUCAACCUAAAGACGCCAACGGAAAGUGUGAUCCGUAUGUGAAAAUCACUCUGGGCAACAAGUCCAUCAACGACCAUGACAACUACCUACCCUGCACCCUGGACCCUGUGUUUGGAAAGUUGUUUGAGCUGUCCUGCUCCCUGCCCAUAGAGAAGGACCUGAGGAUCCAGCUAUAUGAUUAUGACAUGUUGACUAAAGACGAGAAGAUCGGAGAGACCGUUAUUGAUCUGGAGAACAGAUUUCUGUCCCGCUACGGAGCGUGUUGUGGCUUACCCCAGUCCUACUGCCUAUCUGGUGUGAACCGGUGGAGAGACCAGUUGAAGCCAUCUCAGCUGCUAGUCAGACUAUGUGAGAGGAGGCACUAUAGGAGACCAGUCUAUAAACAGGACAGAGUCUUCUUCAGAGGACAUGAAUACACUGCUGCUGACUUGGACGACGCAAAGCCCCCCAACCUUCAUCUGGGGCCCUUAGUGGAACGUUUGUCCCUUCUGAUCCUGCGUAGACAGGGGCUGGUGCCUGAACACGUGGAAACACGAGCCCUCCUUAGUCCUCUUCAGCCUGACAUGGAACAGGGGAGACUGCAGUUGUGGGUGGAUGUCUUCCCCAAGUCCCAGGGCCCUCCUGGACCUCCCUUCAACAUCACACCACGCAAGGCCAAGAAGUUCUACCUGCGUUGCAUCAUAUGGAACACAAGUGAUGUCAUCCUGGAUGAUGUCAGCCUGACCGGGGAGAAGAUGAGUGACAUCUACAUCAAGGGAUGGCUCCACGGCCACGAAGACCAUAAACAGAAGACCGACGUCCACUAUCGCUCUUUAGGAGGAGAGGGAAACUUCAACUGGAGGUUCCUGUUCCCUUUCCACUACCUACCGGCUGAACAACUCUGUGCCAUCGACAGGAAGGAACACUUCUGGAGUCUGGAUAAGAACGAGACGAAGGUUCCUCCUAAAAUCACCAUCCAGAUCUGGGACAACGACAAGUUCUCUUUCGACGACUAUCUCGGUUGUCUGGAGAUGGAUCUUCAUCACAUGCAGCGACCAGCUAAAUCCCCAGAGAAGUGUACGUUAGACAUACUGUCACAGGGACAGGACAAACUGGUGUCGCUGUUCCAACAGAAGACGGUCAAGGGCUGGUGGCCGUGUGUGUGUGAUAGCAACGGGGAGAAGAUAAUCGCUGGUAAAGUGGAGAUGUCUCUAGAGAUCGUUUCAGAACAGGAACAGGAUGAGAGACCAGCAGGACAGGGCAGAGAUGAACCCAACAUCAACCCUCACCUGGAGGAUCCACAACGUCCAGAGACAUCGUUCCUGUGGUUCUCCUCUCCCUACAAGACGUUGAAGUACAUCCUGUGGGGGAGAUACAAAUUCCUCAUCCUCCUCUUCAUCCUCCUCUUCUUCCUCUUCCUCUUCAUCGGAGUCUUCCUCUAUUCCUUCCCUAACUACGCAGCCAUGAAGAUGGUCGGACCGUUCAGUGGACCUGCUAAAGGAACUAAUUGAACAACUAGCUAAAUAAAAAAAAUAAAAAAGAGGAGGACGAGAGAAGGACGAGAGGAGAGAAGGA